AUGACACAUAUUUUUCAAGAUUCUCAAAAUUUCCAAGGUUAUAAUGAAAAUUUGACCAAACUUAUUUCAAGUCCUUUUGAAAAUAAUAAUAAUAACGACAAUAUUGUUACAACUAAUCCAAACUUUUUUAAUGAUUCUUUUCACGAAAACGAACCUACUGUUUCUGUUCCUUUAACACAUUAUGUUACGCCAAAAUUUCAAUCAACAUCUCGUACGAUUUCUCAACAAAAAAAUGUUCCAUUUAUGUAUCAAAAAUUUCAAAGAAUUUCUAAUUCUAUUUUGAUAUUUGAAGAAAAUGCUAAAAGACAACUUGAACAAUUAUAUGAAUUAAAGAAUCAUUUAAAUCAAUUGAAACAAUUUCUUAACACACAACAACAACAUUCUAUGCCUCGUCGUAUAAACCGUAUAAACCGAAACCGUGAUUAUCGAACUCAUCCUUAUUUGAAUGAACGUCAAUUAGUCACUUCUCACAUAUCAACUGCUACAGAAAUUGACUGUCAUUAUGAUAAUAAUGAAUUAAAUUUUAUGAAUGAACAAAAUAUUUUAUCAAAUAGUUUUUGUCCUCAACAAGUGAAUGUUCCUGCUGCAGUUAACUUUUCUGAAAAUAGUGAAAUUUUAACUAGUCCUCAAAAUUUUGAAUUUUAUGACAAUAAUUAUAAUGUUCAUGAAAUCUAG